UAUUUUCAGGGGCAAAUCCAAGGAGUGACUUCACUUUAAAGGCAGCAAGCGUUUGAUCUCUCGAGGGAAAGCCAACGAAGUCAAAGUGAAAUUACCUUGUCGUCGAUCGGUGACGCAUAUCGACCGAUAACCGAACGAUAACCGAACGAACAAACCGAUAGUCCAUUGAUUUCAACGCAACUUUCUUUUUAAAUAACACAAAGAAAAUCUCAUUUACUAAAUUUUGAAGAAAUUUUCGAAAGCAAUCGCACAAUAAAGUGAUUCAAUUUUAAAAACUUUUCCAAGCGUGAAUGAUUUAUUUACGCCUAUAGAUCAAUCAUUCAAGUAAACUUUUUACAAAGAAUAAAAUAAAGCUUUGCGGGAUGUCUCAAAUCCGAAAGUUGUCCAUGUCUUUUGCAUAACUAAUUUGGUUUUUUCAGGAAUAAAACAAAAAAUGAAAAGACGUAAACAAAAGAAAAUAAAAAAAAAAAGUACGAAUAUCAGAGAAAUUCGCGAUAGAUACGUACCUGAUAAAUUGAUGAGUGGUGUGCACGCAGCAGAAGAUUCGCGGACCCGAUUAACGGCGAAAGCUAACGAAAAUUGCCGAAUGUCGCGCAAUUCUCGGCUAGUGCCAGUCUACACCGAGCGACUUCCCGGUCAACGUCGCGUUCGCGAGUGGUAAGAAAACGAAGGGAAAAAGGAAAGAAGAAGAUAAAAAAGAGAAGGAUAAGAAUUAAUAAUUUGUAAAAAAGGUGUAAAGCAACAAUUAAAAACGAUAUAUCGAUAAUAAUCAAAUGAAAUCAAGUGAAUAAGUGAAACGUAUGCAGUUUACAAAAGUGAAAAGAAAAGCAUAAAGUAAUCAAUGUAUGGUUUAUGUCGAAUCAUUAAUUAUAAGAAUAGAAUCGUUUUGGAUAUCGGUUUGUACUAUUCGAAUAAAUGUUAAUAAAUUAGCAAAGACGAUAGCGUGUGCGACUGCGUGUGUAUAAUAAUGUACGCGUACGUGUAUUAAGAAGGAGAAAUCGUCGACUCGCGUCUUUUUCUCUAUUACAAAACUUAUUCUGAAAAAGAGAGGUUAGGAAUAUAAUAUUAUGAACGUGAGAAGAACGGUUAAGUGUUGUGUGAGAAAGUGGAGAAAAGUGUGAGGACGAGAGAAGAGGUGGAUACGACGGUGGCGGUCGAGGAGGAGGAGGAAGAAGAAGAAGAAGAAGAAGAAAACGAAGACGAAAACGAAGACGAGAGAGAGAGACAGACUAACAACAGGGACGAGGAGGAAGAAAAAAAGGAGAAAAAACGUUUUGAUAGUGGUCGGUGACACAGAGAAUAAGAAGAAUAAAAAUUAAAAGGAACUGUGCAUUAAACAUAACGUUGGUAGUUCUAACAGCACUAACAAUUUGAUUAAUAGUAGAAAUAAUAAUAAUAGUUGAUGCAAGUAUAAUACUACCAAUAUAAUAGUUCAAAAAUAUGUCGGUGUGCGUUGUUUAUCGUACGUGGCAUUAAGUCGCGCUGGCGAAAAGAGAAAAAUUAAGAAAAAAAGCAGUUAAGCACCAAUAAUAAUACAUCUGUGUAACAAAAGCAGUAACACAUCAGCAACAGCAGUAGCAAAAGAAGAAGAAGAAGAAGGCUAGUGGUGUUGUGUACCGUGUGCUGCUGCUAUUAUAUGCGUGUGGCGGCUAAGCGUGCAUCAGAAAGUACUUGGACACGCACUUUUCGUUGGUGUUGUGCAUAUAUAUAUGUGUGUGUGCGCGUCGACCAUAUCUGUCUGUCUGUCUCUCUCUCUCUCUCUCUCUCUCUUGGUGUACACGUAUAGGAGCAGCCGGGCAGGCGCAUUAUACUUGUGUUCAGCGUCUCUACAUUACCUUUUGGUCAAAAAGAGAUAGAGAAUAUUCCUCACCAGCAGCACACUAAUAUACCCUGAUAUAUACAGUGCCUAUCUCUUCUUCCUCCUCUCCCACCGCAGGCAGGCAGGCAGACAGCCACAUCCACCCGUUGUACUCUCUCUGUUUCUCGUACUGAAGGCAACGAAGCCAGGCCACCACCAGGCGGUACGCAAGAUGGCUGUGUGUCGCUAACGAGUAUCCAAAGAGAAACCGGAACGAAAAAAACGAGAAGCCGGGAAUAAACGGAACAUGCGGCUGCAAGAUCCUCGGGCCCGUCCCUGAACGAGAGACCCUGGCCAAAAAGCAGAGAUAGCGAAUGUGUGACAUGUACAUCCAAACACAGCAGCCGAGUAGCGUCAACGGCAGCAGCAGCAGCAGCAGCAGCAGCAGUAACAACACCGUUCACCAUCAUAGCAAAAAACGCAAAUUGGAGUACAACGUGAGCCAGCCGGUGAUCCAGCACGGGUUGGUCCAAUCGACUGGCGAUUAUCAAUUGGACAAUACCGUACUGCCACAACCACAGCGGUAUUCCGUGAACAGUACUAAUACCGCAUUUAGCUCGCUGCACAACAAUAAUGCGCUGCAAAAAAGUAGCCCGAACCAGCAGACCCUGGUACGAGCCUCGACGAUCAAGCUCCUAGACACUUAUCAACGCUGCGGCCAGAAGAGAAAAACUUGGUCGAGGGAGGGUAAUGGUGACACUCUGGCAGUCCAUUCCGCCAGUACGACGAACACAGUCGGUAGUACUAUAGUGUCCCAGCAUUAUACCCAGCAACAACAACAGCUGCAGCAACAACAACAACAGCAACAACAACAGCAACAACAACAACAGCAGCAACAACAGCAACAACAACAGCAACAUAAGCAAGCAGGGAUGACAGCACAUAGCAAACAAGUUACAAAUGCGGCCAACGGGGCUGGUGGUGGCGGUGGCGGGGGUGGAAGUAAUCCUCAGGGGGAUGGAGAUUAUCAUUUGGUCCAACACGAAGUUUUAUACUCUAUGGCCAAUCAGUAUGAAGUUCUUGAAUUUUUAGGAAGGGGCACGUUCGGCCAGGUUGUAAAAUGUUGGAAAAAGGGAACGAAUGAAAUAGUAGCCAUCAAAAUUCUUAAAAACCAUCCCUCGUAUGCGCGCCAAGGGCAGAUUGAGGUCUCCAUCCUGUCACGACUAAGUCAGGAAAACGCGGAUGAGUUCAACUUUGUGCGCGCUUAUGAAUGCUUUCAGCAUAAAUCACACACCUGUUUGGUGUUUGAAAUGUUGGAACAAAAUCUUUAUGACUUUCUCAAGCAAAAUAAAUUCUCACCGCUACCUCUUAAAUUUAUCAGGCCGAUACUCCAACAAGUUUUAACUGCAUUAUUAAAGCUCAAGCAAUUGGGCCUUAUACAUGCGGAUCUUAAACCAGAAAACAUCAUGUUAGUGGAUCCCGGGCGUCAACCAUAUCGAGUUAAAGUCAUAGAUUUUGGUUCUGCAUCUCACGUAUCAAAGGCAGUCUGCAAUACUUAUUUACAAUCGCGAUACUAUCGUGCACCAGAAAUUAUUCUUGGACUUCCAUAUUGUGAAGCUAUAGACAUGUGGUCGCUCGGAUGUGUCGUAGCAGAAUUGUUUUUGGGAUGGCCCUUGUAUCCGGGUAGCUCGGAAUACGAUCAAAUUCGAUACAUCAGUCAAACUCAGGGCCUACCGACGGAACAUAUGUUAAAUAGUGCUAGUAAAACGACGAAAUUUUUUUAUCGAGACAUGGACAGUACCCAUCCAUUUUGGCGUUUAAAAACACCUGAGGAACACGAGGCGGAAACUGGAAUUAAAUCAAAAGAAGCUAGAAAAUAUAUUUUUAAUUGUCUCGAUGAUAUUGGCCAAGUUAACGUACCAACUGAUUUAGAUGGUGGUCAACUUUUACCAGAAAAAGCAGAUAGGAAAGAGUUCAUUGACCUCUUGAAGAGGAUGCUCACCAUGGAUCAGGUGGAGCGCCGAAUAACACCCGGAGAGGCAUUGAAUCACGCUUUCGUAACCCUGGCACAUUUGGUCGAUUAUGCUCAUUAUAACAGUGUCAAGGCUUCCGUCCAAAUGAUGGAGGUUUGCAGAAGAGCUGGCGAUUUUACAGCGAGUCCUGCUCACCAUACAGCACCAUCUGCUCCCCAAGCACCCCAGCCCACAUCCUUAGUAGCUAAUUUUGUACCGACGACCAAUGGUAGUGCAGUUACUCUUACAUUCAACAAUCAACUGACCAAUCAAGUGCAACGUUUAGUUAGAGAACAUCGCACUGCUCCAACGGGCUAUGACAAUCUGUACGAAAGCAUCAGCAGUCCUUGGCCAAAUGUAAUAUACGAUUUAUCAUUUCCAAAAUUACAGUAUCAAAUCUAUAGUAAUAGCAGUCGUCGGGCAACACAAUACAGCAGUUCUUCUAAUGGUUCAAAUAGUGGCCGAAAUGCGGUUCACGAUUUUUCACAUCAAUUAGUACCUGGUAUAUUAUGUCCACCUCCUGGCUAUCAAACGAUGCCAAGUCCAGCUAAACACGUUGUUGUUGCUCAGCCACCACAGGCUCAACAAGGUCCACUUCAAAUCCAACCCUCGAUCAUAUCGCAGCAGGCUGUUGCAGCAGCUGCGGUAGCUGCACAACAACAAUAUGCGGCUGUUCCUGUAUCUAUGGUGGAAACCGGACGACAAAUGUUGCUCACUAAUGCCGUACAAACAUCAUGGCCUGGUGGAAGUCGGCAAAUGGCUGCAAUUGUACCAUCUUGGCAACAAUUACCACCUCAACACGCAGCGAUUCAACAACCUUUGUUAAGCGACGCUGGAGAUUGGGGAAGACCACUCAUCGUAGAUAGUUCUGCCAUAUUACAGGAUCAGCGGCCAGUAUUUCCUGUCACGGAAGUUUAUAACGCUAGUGCUCUCGUUGAACAUCCUCCACAAAGUUGGGGCAAACGUAGUGUCACGAAACAUCAUCAACAUCAUGUGACUGUACCUCAACAAAGUCAGCACAGGCAUGAACAUAAAAAAGAAACUCAACAAUUGAGUCCAGUUAAAAAGAGAGUGAAAGAGAGUACACCACCGAGCAGUAUGAGACGACAUUCACCUUCGAAUGGACAUUGGCAGCUACAACCAAUUCAAUCCCAUCAUCAUAGUAGCAGCAAACACAGUAGUAGUCACAACGUAGAACAUCAACAAGUUGCAUCCGUCCGGCAACCAACAAUCACCAUAUAUGAUACCCCCUCACCUGCUGUUUCUGUUAUUACCAUCAGCGACAGUGAGGAUGAAUCACCAGAAAAAUGUAGUGUCAUGCAUGAUAUCAUUGACAGCUGUGGAGAUCGUCAAUGCGGAGCCUGUCAAAAUUUGGCAACUCGCCUGUCUGGCGAUGGACGUCCUGUCCGUGAGGAGGUCAUCAGAAGUACACAAUCUACACCAAGGGUUGUACCAACGAUGCAGCAGGCUCAUUCGAAUACGCAAGCCCAUACGAGUUUUCAUACAACAUCGCAAAGCUCAUCUCAAAGGGCUCAAAGGAAAAACGUUAUCAGCUGUGUUACGGUCGGUGAUAGCGAUGGCGAAGGUAGUCCAGGCAGAGCCCAUGCACAUUUGUAUCAACAAGUACCUCAACAUCCGCAACAUCAACAAACUACAACUCAACACAUCAAACACGAGCCUCAACAACAGCAUCACAUUAGCAGCAGUAGUUCUGGCUAUUCCUCUCAGUCCCAAAAGAAACGAUUAUUGGCUAAGGUACAAUCCGAAUGCAAUAUGGUGAGCGUUACAACUAAAUCUGAACCUGGUGUUGAGUACGUCGCUCCACAUCCUUGUCAUGCGCCAGCUUGCAAAGAGCCACCGACCUAUCAGGAUGACGCCUAUGACGUGAAUGACUACUUAUUGCAGUAUGUGACUACAAGUAGCGCUCAUCCUCAUCUACAAGAGCAACACAUCGUUUAUACGACCGGUACAGAUAAACGAGUAUCUUGGUCAGGAAAACGAGCUGAAUAUAAGCACGACUAUGUUCAACCACCAGCAGCUCAUUCGAGAGAUCAUCAAAAAUGGGCAGUAGCAAACCCUGUACAUCAAUAUAGGCAGAGCCAGGUGGUAGGCUCGGCAGCCCAUCCGGGUCAUACCCACAGCCACCAUGGGCAUCCAGUCCAUCUGAGCCCUGGGGGUGGUGGUGGAGGCAGAAGCCCCACGGGCGGACCUGUGAUAGGGGGUGCCCAGCAUCUGGGACAACCUCUCUACCAGGAGUACGCUCAUGUGCGUUCAAGAGCACAUGCCGUGCCACCCCCUGUUUAUGUUACUGCUGCGCCUUCUCAGGCUCCUGCUGCUAUCCAGCAGCAACAAGUGCCCACCUUUCAGGGAUUCACACCCGGGUGGGUACCUAGACACCUAGUUGAUGCAUGCACCUCGUCUCCAUUAACGUUGUAUGAUUCUAGUCGUGCGUUGCCACCACCAGCUCAUCACAGUUCAGCCAGACCAUUACUAGCAAGCCAUGCAGCUCAUCCACUACCAGCGCAUAUGCAACCUACUGCUGUUUAUGGAUUGGCUCCUCUUUCACCAGCCAAACACCAGUAUCAACCAUCUGGUUUGUGGUUUACGGAGUAAAUUCAUAUUUUUCAAGUGCAUUAAUGUGCUCUGAUCGUUGCAGUUCAAAUGCUCUCGUUAUGCCCUCCUUACUUAUUUGUUGUUAUAUUAUCUUUUUUCCUAUUUUUUUUUUUUUUCUAUUUCUUGUGAAACUUACGAUAUGUCUGUCUGUUUAUCUGUCUCUCUUCCUAAAUAUAUAUAUAUAUAUAAUUUUUGUUCUCAUCUGUCAAUGUUCGAUACAAUGGGAAAUAUUAAUGCGUAAUGAAAAAGGACUUACAUUGCAUUGAAAUAUUUAUUAAUGAAAGACUCACAAAACUUUGUCUCUCUAUCUCUUUUUCAAGGAUUCUUCUUUUAAAAUACCUGCUACAUUUUUAUCAACGGAAUGUGUAAUUAAAAAAGUCGAUUUACAUUAGGAAUUGUUGAAAAGAGACAUUGAGAUAAAUAGUUUUUGAUUUUAGAAGAGACGGUCUUUUAUAAUAAUCAAAUCGUCAAUCCGUCCUUGAUCAUCGUUGUUCUCUUUAUAUUUUCUUAAUUCUAUACGGUAUAAUACAAUUAAGUUUUGAGACAGUGACAACGCAUUCAUUACAACAAAAAUAGGUUUAAUAGAUAAACUAGAUCUUGCAAUUUGAUACUUUUUAAUUAUCAUUCUUUGUUAAUUGUUUAGUUGUUUUAAUCACAAAUGAAAUCUAAUGRUGUCCUUUUUCAAUUCGUAUAAUAAUAAUAAUAAUAACAACAACAACUCGUGUAGAAGGAAUUGUUAAAAAGAUACUUUAUAGGGCUAAUGUGUCUCGUUUAGAUUAUUCUACACGUUUUCCUAAAACUAUUACUAUAUAUAUAUAU